AACUCCACAUCUCCUGUCCCCUUUAUGGGUUCUUUGGAAGAAAGGAAAAACUGAAAACAUCGAAAGGCACCAAAACCAGCACAGGAGCUUCCAGGCCCGCCUCUCCCUUUCAGGGCAAGGCACAAAGCCAUGGAAAGGGGUUUGGAAAAUUCUGGAAGAGUCCCACGCAUUGUCCAGGUGAUGUAUUUUAAAGGGUUGACAAGGCAGCCGAACCAACAGCUAGAAGUGGGCUUACCCCAGCAGCAGUGGGAAGCCCAGUGGCAGGAAUUUCUGAACACGCUGCAACCCGCCCACGCGAGCUGGGGAAACUUCCCGUUAACUGAUAUGGCGCCCUGGGAUGACGCGCAGGCGUUUCUGAAGGCCUUCGAACAAGUGGCCGAAGCUUGCCAGUGGCCCCGCGAAGAAUGGGUGCGCCAGCUGCUGCCAGCCUUGCGGGGAGGGAUGGAGCAAUCCUUCUGCAGACUGGAUGCCCGGGACAGGACCGACUACGUGAAGGUGAAGGCCGCCAUCCUGCGAGCGGAUGCUUUCCGCAUGGAAAUGAAGCGCCAGCACUUCCGGCAGUGCUGCUACCAGGAGCUGGAAGGACCCCGCAGGGUGUACGGCCAACUCCAGGAUCUUUGCCGCCAGUGGUUGAAACCUGAGAGCCACACCAAGGAGCAGAUCCUAGAGAUGAUCAUCCAGGAACAGCUUCUGGGGAUGCUGCCUGCUGAAGCCCAGAACUGGGUGCGGGAAUGCGGGCCGAAGGACUGCGUUGAGAUGGUGGCGUUGGCAGAAGAAUUCCUGAUGAGUCAUCGUCACACACCCAGGACCUGGCAGGUUCCUUUGCCAGAGUCCUCAGUUAGUUCCCUGGAGCCUGAGGGGAGGCAGAGGCUGCACUACCCCCCUGGAGCCAGUGAAGUGACACCCACAAGGAACUCGACUGUAGCCCCCCCAUCAUCAGCUGGACUGGAAAUGGCUGAGACUGGAACCACUGAGAGGGACUCCUGGUUCCUACACCCGAAGUCAACCCCCAGACUGAUCAACCACAAGCCACCUUCCAGGAAAGGCCUGAACCCGGGGCCCAAAUUCCUGAUGCCCUAUUUGGUGGAAGAAUCAUAGGGGAGAUCAAAAUAGAGACUUUCCAGCAGGCCGUUUCAGAGACAGAAGAUGACUUUGAUGCCCUGCAAGAAGAGGAAUCCUGGGGCACCACUUCCUUGAAUCCGGAGUCUUCCCCGCUUGAUCCCGAGAAACCACGGGGCGCAAAGCAGCAGGAAGAGGGGCAGAAGAAGAAAUGCCCCCGGCGUCGGAGAAAAACUGUUAAGAAAAAAAACAAAUAUUACCCACCAGAGAAAAAGCACGCCUGUCCUGAAUGUGGACACAAAACUUACUAUUACUCGGAUCUGCUAAGACAUAUGAAACGCCACGAAGCAAAAGAGCUGUUCAAGUGUCUUGAAUGUGGGAAAACAUACCGAGGCCGGGCGUAUUUUGAGAAUCACCAGAAGAUUCACCUUCAACCGGAUGAUCCCAACAAACGCGUGAGAAGAGCCGGGACGAGAAAAUCUGGCUGCCAAAUGAAAGGGGAAUACACCUGCUUUAAAUGCGGUGUCGUUAAAAGUAGCCCGUCAGGACUUGCUGAACACAUGAAAGUCCACAGCGAUGAGAGAGCUUACCAAUGUCCCGAGUGUGGCAAGUUGUUCAAGUGGCAAUCCAACUUGUCUCGGCACCGGAGACUCCACACCUUCAAGAGGUUUUCCUCACGACAGUUAAUGCGCAGAGGUGAGUCUGUGACGAAUGGACUGGUGCAUUUUGCAGGCGGCCCUCAGCACAAUUGAGCCCGAAAUUUCUUGUUAAGUGAAACAUAAUGUCAGGGUUCCAAAUAGCAUCCA